AUUGAGUUGAAGAGAUAAGUUGUUCUGAUGGCCAAGCUUUCUACAGCCCUUCUGCUGAUGUUGGUUUCGAUCCUCGGUUUAUCCGGAUCAAUUGGUGCUGAGGUAUUCAGGGAAUACAUAGGCGCAUUAUACAACGGUGUUAAAUUUACAAACAUGCCAAUCAAUCCCGGCACGCAGGUUGAUUUCAUUCUGGCCUUCGCCAUCGAUUACACCCCAUCGGGAAGCUCUCCCACAAAUGGGAAGUUCAACAUUUUUUGGGAUAGCGACAACCUGAGCCCGAGUGCCGUGCAGGCCAUUAAAUCCCAACACAAGAACGUUAGAGUUGCUCUCAGCUUAGGCGGGGACAGCGUGGGAAAUGGCUACGCCCAGUUCAGGCCAUCUUCCGUGUCAUCAUGGGUGAGCAACGCCGUUUCUUCUCUCACUGCCAUAAUCAAGCAAUACCAUCUUGAUGGCAUCGACAUCGACUAUGAGCAUUUCGACUUUUCAGAUCCCAAUACAUUUGCUUCCUGUAUUGGGCAGCUCAUAACACAAUUAAAGCAGAACAAAGUCAUCUCUUUCGCUUCCAUCGCUCCCUUCGAUGAUGAAAAAGUGCAGUCCCAUUACAGCGCUCUCUGGAACAAGUACGGCAAAGUGAUCGACUAUGUGAAUUUCCAAUUUUAUGCUUAUGAUUCGAGUACAUCUGUCUCGCAGUUUAUCAAAUAUUUCAACGCUCAGGAAUCCCGUUACAACGGCGGGAAAGUGUUGACUAGUUUCAUAACAGAGGGUAACGGAGGGCUUUCCCCUGUCAAUGGCUUCUUUGAUGCCUGCAAAACGCUGAAGAAUUCUGGCAAGCUCCACGGUAUCUUUGUGUGGUGUGCAGACAGUUCCAAGUCCAAUGGCUUCAAGUAUGAAAAACAAGCUCAGGCUCUCCUCCAGGGAUCCUGAUCUGAUUGCAUUUAAGUACUUUUAAAAUAACGAAUGGGGAAAUAGCAUCAAUCCAUGGUGUAAACAAGCACUUGAAUCUAUAUAGUGCGCCCCUAAAGCAAGGAUAAGUUCUUAAUCUAAAUAAUGGCAGAAUAGUCUCUCCAUUAUGUAAAACAUUGAUUUAAUAUUUAUGUGGUGCGCUUGGAACAAC